AUGCCUGAUGAGUACGAGUUGCCUGAUGUUGGUAUACUCAAAGAUCAUAAGGAAACGGGUAUCACUGCGUAUCCCGCUCUUAAACAGCCCGCUGCUGAGUCAACUAAGGGGCGGAAAAGGCGUGAACAUCCUAUUCCUCCUCCUCCUUUUCAGCCUCAACCUCUCCAAUCUCGUGCAACCUCCUAUGCCAAAGUAGCUGACCCUCCUGUUCAUCUCGAGGUAAAACGCUCCGAGAAGCUCGCCAAGGAUCCUUCUACUGGCGAGAAGAAGAAGCAGAUAACUUCGUCGACAAUGUCCAACCCUAUCUUUAACCCUGACAUGAAGUUUCUCCAAAACGUCUAUGUCAAGGCUCGCGAAGACCCUGCCAUGAGGUCUCGUGCCUUAGAAUCUUUGGUGACCCUUAUUACGGAUGACUUUAUCUUUCUGGAAUCGUCCGUAAUGCUAAGUGCUUCUAUGAAUUUGACUCUCCAGCAGCACGCAGCAUUGAUGAAUCAGGAAGUCAAUCGCCACAUGGACAACCUUGUGGAGACUAGGCUUGUUCGCAAGAAAGCUAAGAAGGACGAGACUCUGAUCAAGUUUUUGGCAAAGGAGCUCAAAGAGGAAAAGGAGCACUCUAGCAAGGAAAGUCAGAAAUUGGUAAAGCGUUUGAGUAAGUCACUUCCCUCGCAGAUUCUUUCUUUUCCUUUGUCUCUACUUUUGUUAUUUUCUUAUGUCAUAUUUCGUCAAGCUCGAUGCAUGCAACGUCAAGCGAAUGUUUCCGAAUCAGCUGCCUCGCUAGAAGAUAUGCGUGGUGAGAACCUAAACCUCAUGACCCAGAAUGAUUGUUAUGUGUCCGAAAACACAAUUUUGAAUGAGAAGGUCGACACUCUUUUCUCUCAAGUAGAUCGUUUGUCAAUUGAUUGUUCGCGUAAUGAGGAGCUGAAUCACCAUCUCCAUGAUGAUAAUAAGCGCCUCAAGUUGGAGCUUAAGCGAGUCAACAGUUCCCUCUUAACUUCAAGGAAUAUCCACCUUUCGUCGAUAGCUACUUACAAGAGGUUGGAAGAAGAUUAUGAGCGUGUCAUCAACAGUAAAAGCAAGGUUGUAGCUAAUCUUCGCAGAUCUCGCGAUAAAGUGACGGAUUUGAACGAGGAGGUUGACCGUUUGAAGACGAAAGUGGAACUCCUUCAGGCUCAGCUAGACAACUUCUCUUGCCCGAAGCCCGUUAAUCCUUCCUAUCAAGCCAAGCCCCAGGGUUCUCAUAAAAACAAGGGUUCCCUCAUCAUCCAAUCUGAUAAAGAUAUUUCAAAGUCUGGCCAUGGUAAAGGCUGGGACAAUGCAUAUCCCGAGUUAUGUGUUCGGCUCCAAGAUUCAUAUCUAAAAAUCUUCAAGAUGGAUCAUUUGUAUACCGAUAUUCAAGAGACUUUGAAUACCACCCUUUUGCAUUUGGAAGAUUCCGAAGAGCGCUACAAGAGCCAAGUCCUUCGCCUUUCAAAAGAAAGGGAUGAAUCUCGCUUAGAGGCUUCCCGUUUACAAAAUGAGGUGGGUGACUUGAACGCUGAUUUAGACGAGAUGAUGGAAACUUCCGCGAAGGUAGCCAAGAUAGCUCGCAAGAAUACUCAGAACUACAUGGUUCCUCUUUUCGACGCUUACUGUAAUGAGCACGAAAUCGUCCCAGGCGAAGAAGAUGGGUUUUCUGAAGAUGGCGAGGAACAGAAGGUUGUUGACACGAAGGCCAUGGAACAAGAGUCCAAGGGAGCUUCUGCUAGUACUGAUGCUGGUCUUGGUGGACCGCGUGAUAAGAUCCCUGAAACAACCGUUACUGAUGACGCCUCUCCUCAGCAAUAG